AUGGGGGUGCAAUCCCCUGCCUUUGUUUGGUGGCUCGGAUUCCUAAACGCCAACACCGACCCUUACCUCAGGUCUCCAUCCAAUUAUGGACUCAUGGACCAGAUAGCUGCUCUUCACUGGCUGCAAGAGAACAUCGCCUACUUUGGGGGCGACCCAGGGAAUGUCACUCUCAUGGGACAUGGAACCGGAGCUGCCUGCGUUCAUUUCCUGAUGACCAGUAGCGCACCAAAGGGACGGAAUGGAGAAGAAAACAUCUUGGAGCCGAAGGGCCACUAUAAAACAACAAGGGCUAUAUUGACGGGGCAAUAUCAACACGAAUAUAUCAACACCAUGCUUAUUCAAUUACUGACCGCACGCAGCGGAUAUUCGAGACCCGUUCGUGACGGAAUCCAGUUGGAGCGGUACACAACACACGCAAAUUGCUAA